UAAUGUUAAUUUCGCAAGCAAAAUUUAGCAAAAAAUUCAAUUUGUUUACACAAAGAAAUUGGUCCCUAAUGGCUGCAGCUGCCAUAUGUCUGAUAGGAAUAUUUUCUAGCGCUAUGGCCCAGACAAUAAGAUUGCCGCUCAAGAAGGUCUACUUGAAUGACCAUAAAGAGGAUAUUAAGUCAGAGAUUGAGACUAUUGAAAAGAGACACGGAAGAGGUCUAGGUGAAAUUAAUGUAACGAUGACAAACAAGUAUGACCUCCAAUACCAUGCAAGUCUUCUCCUCGGAGAUGCUAAAUACAAUCAGACCUUCAUUUGGGAUACAGGGUCAACGCUCUUGUGGACUCCUCUAAACAAUUGUUCUUCGUGCCCAAGCAGCAAUAAAUAUACUCCAGCUAGUUCUUACUCCAGCACAGGCACAAGAUACACUAUAAAUUACCUCUCAGGACAAGUUGUCGGUGAUGUUGCCAAUGACAAAGUCCAUGUCACCUCUUCAUCAGGCCCCGUAACUAUGGAACUCCUAGGUGUAGAUACAGCCGAUUCUGCAAUCCAAGGCAUGGUUGCUGAUGGGAUUCUUGGAAUGGGCCCAGCAAUUACUGGAGGAAGACCUGGCACUCUCUUAGUGGAGAAACUCUAUAAUGCUGGAAUUAUCAGCAAGAAUGCUUUCGGAGUUGAUUACAGAUGGCUAAAUGGCACGUCAUCGAUUCUUCUUGGAGGCUACGACACUGAUCUGAUCAAAAGCGAUCAAGAGUUUGCUUGGAUUGGCUUAAAAACUAAUACUCAUUGGACUGUUCCGAUGAGCACAGUCAAGUAUGGAGAUACUGAGCUUAGCAUGGCAUCUACCAGCGCAGUUCUUGAUACAGGAACAUCUUUGACGAUAUUUCAGCAAUCAGAUUUUAUGAAGAUUUGGAAUAAAAUUACAUACGACAAAACUUGAGGAUAUGUUACUGGGACAAGUUGGCUUGCUUGCUACUGAGACUCAAUUAACGAAUUUAAAGAUAUCACGAUUAAGCUCGGAAAUUACGAUACCAAGAUGCCUCCCUCUGCUUACGUAGAGUACUUCGAAGGCACCUCUUCCAAUGGAGUUUGCUUACUCUAUAUAAGCUUUUAUACAGUCAAUCUUGGUGGUAUACUUAUAUUAGGGGACUCCUUCCUCAGAGAAUAUUAUGUCUACCAUGAUGUUGGAGGCCAAAGAGUGGGAUUGCAUGGAAGGGAUCAUUCAAUCAACCCACCUGUGCCCUCGACCAAUACACCUGCAGCCUCGACCAAUAAAAUUGAAACCUCAGAUAGUGCAUCUGUAUUUUCAAUUACAAUCUUUAUAAUCUUCUUCAUAAGUCUUCAUAUUUAAGGCUUUCUUAUUGUUCAGCUUUGUUACGCAAAAGUUU